AACAGAACCAAAGGCGCGGAUGCGCAACCGUUGCGCUCCGCUCUCUUGGCGCGCCGGCGAGUCUUGGGAAGGCAGGAAGGGGAGGAGGCAGCCCCAGGAAGCGGCGGAGGCUCAUUGCCCAGGAAGAAGAGAGGGGUUGGCGUCUCUGUCAGCCGCUGGGGCCGGGAUCAUGGCUGCUAGAAACCAGGGCACGGAGCUGGACCUCAACUGGCUCGCCAGAGUCCGGGUGAAUCAGCCAGCUGUCCUGAGGCGUGCAGAACAAAUUCAGACCCGAAGGGCCGUGAAGAAGAAUUGGCAAGCAGCUUGGCUUCUGAAAGCCGUCACCUGUAUAGACCUCACCACCCUUUCGGGCGAUGAUACCCCUUCGAACGUCUGCAGGCUGUGUUACAAAGCCAAGCAUCCCAUCCGCGAGGACUUGUUGCAAGCGAUGGACAUGCACGAUAAAGGUAUCACAGCUGCUGCUAUUUGUGUGUAUCCAGCAAGAGUAGCCAAUGCUGUGGAAGCACUCAGGGCUGCCAAAUGUAACAUCCCAGUUGCUUCAGUGGCAACGGGGUUUCCGGCAGGGCAGACGGCCUUGAAGACUCGCUUGGAGGAGAUCCGGAUAGCUGUGGAAGACGGUGCCAAAGAGAUUGAUGUCGUAAUUAACAGAACCUUGGUCCUGACGGGCCAAUGGGAAGUCCUCUAUGAGGAAAUCCGUCAGUUCCGUCAAGCCUGCGGCGAAGCUCACAUGAAGACCAUCUUGGGGACCGGAGAACUGGGAUCGCUUACUAAUGUCUAUAAAGCCAGUCUGGUGGCCAUGAUGGCAGGUUCUGAUUUCAUCAAGACCUCUACAGGAAAAGAAGCAGUGAAUGCCACCAUUCCAGUAGGGCUGGUAAUGGUGAGAGCCAUCAGAGAUUUCUUCUGGAGAACUGGCUACAAGGUUGGCUUUAAGCCCGCCGGAGGAAUCCGUACUGCCAAAGACGCCCUCGUCUGGCUCUCGCUGAUCAAGGAAGAACUAGGCGAUGAGUGGCUGAAACCGGAACUCUUCCGCCUGGGUGCCAGUAGUUUGCUGGCAGAUAUUGAGAGACAGAUUUACCAUCACGUGACUGGCAGAUACGCGGCAUACUAUGACUUGCCUAUGGCUUAGACUGGUGACGAAGGCAGAACAAUGCAAGACAGAGAGAGAGAGGCUUAAAGAAAACAGUGUCCCUGAAUCGUUCCUUGCAACCAAGUCCCCAAAUGUGCUUACGGAGAGCUCAGUGGGCCAGCCGGCGGGCUCCAAUUUCAUGGUUUCCUUGUACCUUGGACUGUGCCGAACACCAAGGAUAAAAUGUGGCAACCUGUGAA